AUGGCAGUUAGGCAACAAAGAGUGCUACAGCUGAACGAUUUUAGAUCAUGUGCGUCGAACAAUAGCACUCAACUUAAGGUAAAAAAUAUACCCGAGGAAAUCCUGAAAGAAGCUGAUUCGCGACGAACGUCCAGGAACUGUAAACGUAUGGAACCGUUCAAUUUAUCAACCUGUCUGCACGAGCCCAAUCGAUAUUCGAUAGCUGACCUCCGUCCUCUGAAGAACCGCGUCGUAUUAUGGCCGUCUAUGGUCGAGCAGGCUGACCCACAUUUCAUCGUUCAAGUGUA